AUGGGUUGUGGCAUGUCAGCUCUAGAUCCUGAACAUGAAGGCUUUAAUCGAUGCGAAAAUGGUGACGAGGGUGAAUCGUUGCAUGGGAAGAGUAACAAUAUUAAUAAUAAGAAGAAGAAUAAAGAUGUUGCUAAGGGAAUGAAGCCACUGGGUGUUGAAGAAUCCAAGGAUAAGGAUGAGUCAAAUGGAGAAAGAUUGAAAGAGAAAAGUGGGGUAGGGAGGAAUGACAAUAAAGUGGAAGUGAAAUCAAAGAAAAAUGCAGAAGAUGAGCAUGAGUUUAGGGAUGAUGACUUCAUUGGCCCAGGGUCACCAAGUUUUAGGGAAUAUUGCAAUGAUUAUGAUUCUGGGGAUCGAAGUUCCAUGGAAUAUUCCAACGAUAGUGAUUCUUCUAGAAGCAUCAAGAAUGGCAGCGAAACUUUACUGAACAGGAACAAUAAGCCAAUGAAUGAGGAAAGUGUCGAUUCUAACAAGGAACCUCUGAAGAAAGAGAGAAGAGGACGAGGAUUUAGGAAUGCUAUUGGUAAGCGAAAGACAAGAGGGAGGAGAAAUCUUCUGAACUUCGCUUGUUAUAGUGGUAGCACUGAAGCCCACGCUCAAGGUUCUUGA